AUGGGCGCUUCUAUGUGGCCGAGUGCCUAUGGCAAGGCGACGAACACUGAGACCAUCAUGAAAAAGUGGACUGGCAGUGCUUUCACAUCCAAUGUUAUUGUUCCAAGAGACUCUUUCAAGGUCACUAAAGGAACUCCGCGGUCGUAUGAUGUCACGGGUGACAGUGGUAAGAUCAACAAGCACUUCUUCUGCGGUGAUUGCGGGUCCAGCCUCUACUCAGAGCUGGAGAUCAUGAGCGACAAGACGGGAAUCAAGGCCGGCACGCUCGACGGUGGAGAGGCGCACCUACGCAACAAGGUCGACGUCGAGUUCUAUGUCAAAGACCGUGUGCAUUACCUGAAUGCACUUGACAACGCGAGGCAGGAACCUCGUCUUGGGUAG